UACUGUAAGAACGGCAUGAGAAGAAAAAAAACUAAUUAGAAAUCCUCCCUAACUGCGAACCAAACCGCCCCCCCCAAAUCUGGCUGAAAAAUAUACAGCGGGGCCCUGUGCUGGCUACGGGCCUCCCAUGCACAUUUAUCUUUUCAACUAAACAGAAAAACAACUUCAAGUGAAAACUUAAAUAGCAGAGCAAAGAGCAAAGUUCGUGGCCGAGCCCUGGCGUCUGGAUCACAGGAGACGGCUGAUUUCUUAGGGAGCACCGCGCCCCUAUGCAACCGCGAUCGGAAAACGCCCAUUCACAAAAAGGUCAUGGUUCGCCGCGUUGCUGUGGUCGGAGCGGGAAGCUCCGGACUGGUUUGUGUCAAGUGCUGCCUGGAGGAGGGACUGGAGCCGGUCUGCUUCGAGAGCAGCAAUGACAUCGGGGGCUUGUGGAGGUUCAGGGAGAAUCCGGAGCCAGGGCGUUCUAGCACGUACCGCUCCCUUGUGGUCAACACCUCCAAGGAGAUGAUGUGCUUCAGCGACUUCCCCAUGCCAGCCCACUUCCCCAGCUACAUGCACAACUCGCAGCUGCUGCAGUAUUUGCGUCUGUAUGCCACUCAUUUUGACCUCCUUCGGCAUAUCCGGUUCCAGACCACUGUCCUCAGUGUGAAGCAGAGGCCUGACUUCUCAAGCUCAGGCCAGUGGGAGGUUGUCACAGAGAGCAGAGAUGGUCAUCGGGAGCAGCAGAUCUUUGAUGCGGUUCUGGUGUGUUCAGGCCAGUACACCUCCCCAGUGACUCCACUGAAAGACUUCCCAGGAUUUGAGACCUUCAGGGGCCAAUACUGCCACAGCUGGGAAUACAAGGACCCAGACCCUUACCAAGGAAAAAAGGUUGUAGUGGUGGGGAUUGGAAACUCAGGAGGAGACAUUGCUGUUGAGAUCAGCAGAGCUGCCAAGCAGACAUUGCUCAGUACUCGGCAGGGGACUUGGGUCAUGGGGCGCACAUCCAGCCGGGGGCUCCCGGUGGACAUGAGUGUAAUCACCCGUCCGGUAGCCCUACUGACUGCAGUGCUGCCUCGCCGUCUGCUCAGCUGGGCCAUCGAGAGGAGUUUGAACCAGAAGUAUGACCACCAGUUAUACGGCCUCAUGCCCAGACACAGGAUCAUGGACUACAGACCUCUAAUCAACGAUGAGCUUCCUGUCCGCAUCCUUACUGGCCUUCUGGUCAUGAAGCCCAACAUUCAGGAAUUCCGGGGUUCUACCGUGGUCUUUGAGGAUGGAACAACAGAGGCCCAAGUUGAUGCUGUGGUGUUCUGCACAGGGUACAACUACUCCUUCCCCUUCCUCCCCAGCUCCAUCUUCCCUGGCCCUGGACAUGAGCUAACCUUGUACAAACACGUGUUCCCACCAUGGAUUGAGUGCCCCACCUUGGCCGUUUUGGGAGUGUUUCAAGUAAUAGGUUCCAUUAUGCCUGCGGUGGAGAUGCAGGCUCGAUGGGUCACGCGAGUCAUCACAGGAUUCAUCCAACUCCCACCGAAGGAAAAAAUGCUGAAAGAUAUUGAAAAAGAGAGGAAAAGAUACAUUAAGGGACAUCCUUGUCCCAAAGUUGCUUCUCUCCAGCUGGACUACAUCCCCUAUCUGGACGACCUGGCCGGGCAGUUUGGGGUACGGCCCAAGCUCCUCCGGCUGCUGCUGCGGGACCCUCACCUCGGCCUCAGCGUCCUGCUGGGACCCUGUACCCCGUACCAGUACCGGCUAUAUGGGCCGGGUCAGUGGGCAGGGGCCCGGCAGGCCAUUCUCACGCAGUGGGAGCGGGUGGCCCAGCCGAUGAAAACCCGGGCCGUGCCAGAGCCCCCCUCUUCGAGGCUGCCGUUGCUGCUCGCUCUCAGUGGCGCCGCCCUAGUGGUAGCAGCUGUCUGUGCCCGAAAUAACCUUCAGGAUCUCUUGGCUUCCCCAAGCAACUAGAGGAUGUAUGUGCCAAAGCCAUUCCUUCACAUGGUGUAAAAGUACGCUGAUAACAGAAUGACGGACCGUGGAAAGCCUAACUGGAUAACAUGCAACAACUCACUGAUUUUAGGACCCAUGUCCAUCCAGGCGGUUUCUUUUGCUUUCGGCGUGACUGUUCUGCUGGUGGCUUUCUAAGCCUGAGAUAAAUUCUGUGUGUUUUCCUCCAAAGUAAUGGACAAAAUGUACAAUUCAGAAAUGGUUAUUUGCAGAUGAAAUACAUUUUUUAACAGAGAAUGAGCAGAACAUUUGUAGUUCAACUCCAUGAUGUCAGUAUACAGAAACAAAGACCUAAAGAAGUUCUGCACAGACCAAAACCAGACUUACCACCAGUAUUUACUUGCUCAUAUAUGUUGCUAAAUGGCCUUCCUCAGUCUUUCUAAUAAAAUACUGUGAUGACUAUAUCAUCAUUAACUCAUCCCAUGUAUCAAUCUAAUAAAAACUGUAUUUCUAAA